CACACCCAACGGGGCUGCAGCGCACCGCUCCUCCGGCAUCAACACCAUGACACCCAGGUUCAAACCCGCAGUCUGAGCCGCACCGAGGACCGAACAGGCGGAGGACCGUGAGCACCGGACCCGGAGACAUAAGCACGCACGUACACGCGCACGCACGGGGAGACGAAUAUUGCAGCGACCAGCAGCCAAAAAAGACAGGACUGCCGACCGAGGCGAACUCCACUGCGCCGCGGAUUUGCCUUUUCCUCUCCAGAAACGCGUCCCGCACGGACACCCGCAAGAGAAAUUACUCCCCGCGAGGCAGUUCACGCCAAAAAAUGUCGUCGGGCAAGGACAGCGGGCAUUACGCCAACUAUGUGGGACCGUACCGCUUGGAGAAGACGCUGGGCAAAGGACAGACAGGUCUGGUGAAGCUGGGCAUCCACUGUGUCACGUGUCAGAAAGUCGCCAUAAAGAUUGUCAACAGAGAAAAGCUCAGCGAGUCUGUUCUCAUGAAGGUGGAGCGGGAGAUAGCCAUCCUGAAACUCAUAGAGCACCCCCACGUUUUAAAGCUGCAUGAUGUCUACGAAAAUAAGAAAUACCUGUACCUGGUGCUAGAGCACGUGUCCGGUGGGGAGCUGUUCGACUACCUGGUGAAAAAGGGCCGGCUAACGCCUAAAGAGGCCAGAAAGUUCUUCAGACAGAUCAUCUCAGCCCUGGACUUCUGCCACAGCCACUCCAUAUGCCACAGAGAUUUGAAGCCUGAGAACUUGUUGUUAGACGAGAAGAACAACAUCAGGAUAGCAGACUUCGGCAUGGCGUCUCUGCAGGUCGGGGACAGUCUGCUGGAGACCAGCUGUGGAUCUCCGCACUACGCCUGCCCAGAGGUUAUCAGGGGGGAGAAGUAUGACGGGAGGAAAGCAGAUGCAUGGAGCUGUGGAGUCAUCCUGUUUGCACUUUUAGUGGGCGCUCUGCCAUUCGACGAUGACAACCUGAGGAACCUUCUGGAGAAGGUGAAGCUGGGAGUGUUCCACAUGCCUCACUUCAUCCCUCCGGACUGUCAGAACCUGCUGCGCGGUAUGAUCGAGGUGGACGCUGGAAAGAGGCUGACGUUAGAGCAGAUCCAGAAGCAUAACUGGUACCUAGCUGGAAAGAACGAGCCAGAGCCGGAGCAGCCCGUCCCCAGGAAGGUGGCCAUCAGGACUCUGGCUGCAGCCGAGGAGAUCGACCCUGACGUCCUGGAGAGCAUGCACUCCCUGGGCUGCUUCAGGGACAAGGAGAAACUGACCAAAGACCUGCUGUCUGAGGAAGAAAACCAGGAGAAGAUGAUCUACUUCCUGCUGCUGGACCGCAAGGAGAGGUACCCGAGCCACGAGGACCAGAACCUGCCGCCGCGCAACGAGAUAGACCCUCCCAGGAAGCGCGUGGACUCGCCCAUGCUGAGCCGUCACGGUAAGAGGAGACCGGAGAGGAAGUCCAUGGAGGUGCUGAGCGUGACGGAGGGAGGCUCUCCGGUCCCGGUGCGGCGAGCCCUGGACAUGGCGACCCACGGCCAGAGCAAAUCUGUUUUCAGUAAAAGCUUGGAUAUCACAAACGCUAACUGCAGCAAGGAAGAAAGAUCGCGGUCGAUCAGCGGGGCAUCCUCCGGUCUGUCCACCAGUCCUCUCAGCAGCCCCCGGCCCAACCGGCGGUUCUUCAUCCCGCCCCAGUCCCCAGACCUGUGUCAGUCCCCCAACUGCAGCCCCACCCAUUCCCCCGAGGUCCGCCUCAAUGGGGUGGGGCCACGCACGCCCAACUCCUAUCAGCCAAAGAUGGGGUCUCCCCUCAUGCACCCCCGCACGCAGACCCUCCCCGCCAAGCCCAAAGUGUCCGAGAAGCCCCUGCAGACCACCAGGUCCAACCCGCUCCCUAACACGGCCCAGUCCCCCACCGCCCCCAAAUCUGAGCCGUCCACGCCCUGCCAGCCUCUGGCGCCCUGCAUCCCCAACAGCCCCCGGGUGAGGCGCCACCCCCCCCUCACCGUCCCCCCAAAGCUGUCCAUCCCCCUCUCCCCGGUGCCCCCCAUGUCGCCCCGCCGCCGCCACCACCUCCACCCUGACCACAACGGCAAAUCUGUCCCCAUCACGCAGGUGACCCCCCACCCCUCCCCCAGAGGGAGCCCUCUCCCCACCCCCAAAGGCACCCCGGUGCACACGCCCAAGGACAGCCCGGCCGGCACGCCCAGCCCCACGCCGCCGCCCAGCCCCUCCAUCGGGGGCAUGCCCUGGAGGACACGCCUCAACUCCAUCAAGAACAGCUUCCUGGGCUCGCCGCGCUUCCACCGCAGGAAAAUGCAAGUUCCCACCCAGGAGGACAUGUCCAGUCUGACUCCAGAUUCGUCUCCAGAACUGGCUAAGAAGUCGUGGUUCGGUAACUUCAUCAACCUGGAGAAAGAGGAGCAGAUCUUCAUUGUGAUCAGAGACAAACCUCUGAGCUCCAUCAAGGCGGACAUCGUCCACGCCUUCCUCUCUAUCCCCAGUCUGAGCCACAGCGUCAUCUCUCAGACCAGCUUCCGGGCCGAGUACAAGUCCACAGCCGGUCCCACGGUUUUCCAGAAGCCGGUCAAGUUCCAGGUGGACAUCACCUACACGGAGAGCACCAGCGCCACCAAGGACAACGGCAUCUACUCUGUCACCUUCACCCUGCUGUCAGGUCCCAGCCGACGGUUCAAGCGCGUGGUGGAGACCAUCCAGGCCCAGCUGCUCAGCUCUGACCAGCCCGGCAUGCAGCCCCAGAUAUCUGGCAGCCCGUUGAGUAACUUCUUUGACGUAAUUAAACAGCUUUUUUCAGACGAGAAGAACAUCCAAGCGUCCCACUCCCCUGGCGCCCCCGCCACGCCUAGCUCCCCCGCCAAGCAUGCCCCCGGCAGCAAGCCCAGCCAGCCCCCACCCAAUGACUCUAAAUGCCCCCCUGGCAAAGACAAAACAAAGACGGCGGCCAGCAACAGGACACAGGAACAACCUUAAGGAGCGCUAGCUGUGCAUGACUAGAGAAGAGCAGUGAUCAGGUCCUGAGCAGAACUUUGCCCUUUAGUUAGGAGUGAAAACAAGAAAACAAAUCUACUUUUUGCCUAUAAAUUUUGUACUGUAUAAUGGGAAUGGCUAUUUCAGUUUAAAGUUGAUCAGUAUUUUACAAUAAGUAGCAAAUGUAGCUUUGUUGUCCCCCCCCUUCUGUCCCUCUCUGUGGGUGUGUGUCCUCCUCACAUGUGUGAUGGCUUGACUUGUCUCUGCCACCAGGGAUCAUCCAUAAUAACUAUUAACCUCGGCGGCUCUCGGACAGCCACCACCACCACCAACCAGAGUCUGAAGA